AACCGAGUUGGGAGUAGAGGUCAGUGUGGCUGGCGCUCGGGGCAGCGGCGACAGUGGUAUCUUCAGGAAUUGUCUUGCAGAGGAGGGGAGGUCACAGGCGCGACCCAGGGUACAGAGCACCAGCUUCUCUCACACUUCUCUACCCCAUCCCUGCGCUGGCCCCCCAGCCUCUCUUCAUUCACAGGGUCCCAGCACUCAGUCACUCCUUCUGGAUAGGCCCGCGCAAGCUAAGGCCAGGGAAUAAAGGGAGAGGGCUUUGAAGGAAUCCUCAAAACUCCCUCCGUGCCGCACCCACUCUUUUGGUGCUACAGGAGUAGAGGAGCCUAGGUCGGGGAUCCUCUAGCUCGCGUUUGGGACUUAGUGCCGGCAGCCUCCGAGUGCUGCGCGACACCGCCGGUAGGAGGCGAGCCCGGGAAUGCCCAGCCCUAGGAAAGCCUGUGUGGAGGCGGAGAGGAGGGAAGAGUAGGAAGAAAGAAGAGCUCAACAGCUUAGACUCAGAGACACAGGAAAGGGCGGGAGGCAGGGAGGCAGGGAGCCAGCGCCCGCGGAGUAGCAACCGCGCUCACAAGUGUUAGAAAACUAAGGCACUCUGGACGCAUGCGCACGGCCAACGGAGGCCAGAGGGCCCAAGCUUCCCCUCCUGCUAGUCCUGUGGAGCCUAGCUUGCCUGUGGGAUCCGAGAGGCCUGAGAUGCGGAUGCAGCAGAUGUGCAGCGGAAGUGAAACCCAGGGCUCCAUCCAAAGCCAGCAGGGCACAGGGAGCCAUGGCUCCAACGCCUGCUGCUUUUGCUGGUGCUGUUGCUGCAGCUGUUCUUGCCUCACUGUCAGAAACCAGGAAGACCAGAGACCCGGAAGAGCCUCCUAUGAACUCAGGACAGACAUUCCAGCGUGUGAGGAAAGCCCCACCCCAACUCUGGAAGAAGUCUGUGCCUGGGCCCAGUCCUUCGAUAACCUAAUGGUCACUCCGGCUGGAAGAAACGCAUUCCGGGAGUUCCUCCGGACGGAGUUCAGCGAAGAAAACAUGCUUUUCUGGAUGGCCUGUGAAGAACUGAAGAGGGAAGCGAAUCAAAGCACUAUCGAGGAGAAAGCCAAGAUAAUCUACGAAGACUACAUUUCUGUCCUGUCUCCUAAAGAGGUCAGCUUGGACUCCCGAGUGCGGGAAGGCAUCAACAAAAACAUGGUGGAUCCCUCCCAGCACAUAUUUGAUGACGCCCAGCUUCAGAUUUACACCCUCAUGCACAGGGACUCCUACCCCCGCUUCAUGAACUCCACAGUCUACAAGGAUUUGCUGAAGUCCUUAGCUGAGAAAGCAGUGGAGGCAUAGGUGGCUUCAAACAUAUUUAUUAUUAAUAAAUCCAGAAAAUAACUCACGGACUGCAUCCAGCCCCGGAAAUCUAGAGGUAGGAUGUCCUCUGCUAGAGUGGUUCUCUGACUGUUGUAGCCACAAUUUCUCCCUCUUCGGAGAGCUAGAGACUCACAGUGUAACUGCAACCGCCUGUAGUAAUACCUGUUCGGAAUAAAAGGUGGGGGGGGGGGUAGGACAGCCUUAGAAAGACUGUCCGCUCACACUCACAGUAACAGUAGCGUGUUCUCAAGGGCAGGGCAUGCACCAGCCUCUGCUCUGCCUGCAGCUCAGACACACAGAGAACAAAUGGCGACACUUUUUGUUUUGCAUGAGUUAAUACCCUGUUCCCCCUCCAAAGACAAGGCAUUCAAGUCUUUCCCAACUAACCCUUCCGCCCGUCUGAACACUUCACGUAGCGCCGUGCCAGGACUGAAAGUCACAGGUCAUGAAGAUGUGACAAUUCCUUGUGAAAGAAACAGUAACCGCCUGCAUGGGUCAUGGUGGCGGAGCACACUGUGCCCUAGGUGGGCCAGCCUUGGGUGUUUCCUAAGAAACGCGAUGCUGAAGUGAAGCGAUUCUUCAGUCAGAAAGGAUGGCCAUAUUAUCAGAAUCUACCAACCCGAAGAAUAAAUUUUCAAUUUAAUGGUUCAUUAUCUUCACAAAGCUUCGAAUAAGCAUAUUUUAAUUUGGAGCAAAAGAAAUGUGGGCAUUUUCACUCUGAAAAAUAAAGCAUAAAAGUUUUC